AUGGGCUCCGCAGAGUCAACACCACAACCACCGUCUCGCUCCAUCUCUCGCCGAGAACGUCGAGUACCACGAGAACAAGCUCCAGUAGCGACCUUUGACGAGAAGUUCGACGCUCUCAGAAUCGACCAUCCUCGACACAGUCCUGUCGAUCGCAUCAUCUUCAAGGACGACUCUGAGCAUGUGGACGCUACAGCCACCGAACAAUACGUGCGUGAGGUGUUGAAGGAUUCCAAGAACAGACUGGGACUGUCUGCUUUGAGCACCAACAAUCCGUCUGCUGUGCUGGAGAAGCCGUCUUCUGUUAUUCGUGAUACGCAGUACUUCAAUUUGAAGAUACCACAUGAAGGGUCGCCUGUGACGAACCAGCGGAGCAGCGGUCGGUGCUGGAUCUUUGCCGCAUGCAAUGUGUUUCGUAUUGCGAUUCAGCAAAAGUACAAUAUCAAGAGCUUUGAGCUUAGCCAGGCAUAUUUGUUCUUCUGGGACAAGGUCGAGAAGGCGAAUUACUACCUCGAGUCGAUCUUGGACACCGUGGACGAGGAUGUCGACAGCCGGAUUGUCAGUGCUCUGAUGGCGAGUCCCGUUGGCGACGGAGGGCAGUGGGAUAUGAUUGUCAAUCUCGUCUCCAAGUAUGGUAUCGUUCCACAGUCACUCUACCCUGACAGCUUCAAUGCUCAAAACAGCUCCACUAUGGAUCGGAUCUUGACUACCAAGCUUCGCGAAGAUGGGCUGAGACUCAGAGCGCUGAGGUCGAAGUCUGCAUCUUCGGGAAGGAUCGCAGAAGUGAAGGAAGCCAUGAUGCAGGACAUUGUGCGUGUGCUUACGCUGUGUCUGGGACCGCCUCCAUCUGCGGACAAGAAGUUCACCUGGGAGUUCUACGACAACGCCAACACUUUCAAGACUGUGUCCUUGACACCAAUCGAGUUCGCCGAUACGACACACGUCAAGAAGUUCAUAUCUUUGGUCAACGACCCCAGAAACGACUACAAUCGUCUUCUCACAGUCGACCACCUUGGCAACGUCUGGGACGGCAGACCGAUCACAUACGUGAACGUCGACACCAUUGUGUUCAAAGAAGCCUGCGUGGCAAUGUUGAAGAAGGGACUACCUAUCUUCUUCGGCUCAGAUGUCGGAAAGCAGUCUGACAGCCGCAAGGGUAUCAUGGACACUGAUCUUGUUGACUACGAGCUCGGGUUCAACAUCAAGCUUGGGCUCACGAAGGCGGAGAGACUGCUGACUGGUGAGAGUCAAAUGACUCAUGCUAUGGUUCUCACCGCCGUGCAUCUCGAUGAGAAUAACAAGCCUGUACGCUGGCGAGUCGAGAACAGCUGGUCUGAGACGGCUGGGACUGAUGGGUACUUCGUGAUGUCGGACAAGUGGAUGGAUGAGUUCUGCUAUCAGGCUGUUGUUGAUCCGAGUGUGGUGCACAAGGAGGUCAGGGAUGUGUUGAAGCAGACGCCAAAGGUCUUGCCCUUGUGGGACCCGAUGGGCGCGUUGGCUUGA